AUGACCACACCCGCUCCCCGGGGCUCGGGGCCGGGGCAGGAGGAUGUUGGACCGGACCCGGGCACGACGGUCGCUUUCCUCGGCCCGUUCAAUUCAUAUUCUCAUCAGGCCACGAAGAUUGCCUUCCCCGAGGACAAAUGGCAGCUUGAGCCGACGACGACAAUAAAAGAAGUCUUCGACCGCGUGCAGUCGCGCCAGUGCGCCUACGGCGUCGUGCCUUUUGAGAACUCCACCCACGGCACCGUCACCUUCACGCUCGACGCCCUGGCCGACCGCGCGGCCGCCUACGCCGACACCCUCGUCUGCGACGAGGUCUACCUCGACGUCCACCACUGUCUGCUAGGCCGCUCGUUGCCGCUCUCCUCUUCCUCCCCGUCCCCGUCCACUGCCCCCUCCUCCUCCUCCCAACCCCAUUCCACUCCCCCCUCAGCAUCAUCUAAGAAAGGAACGCCGCUCGUCCCGCUCACGCACAUCCAGCGGGUGUACUCGCACCCGCAGGCGCUGGGGCAGAGCGCGGGGUUCCUGGCGCGGCACCUGGCGCGCGCCGAGACGGUCGAGGUCAGCUCGACGUCGCGCGCGGCCGAGCUGGCGGCGGCGGACCCGGCGGGGCGCAGCGCGGCCGUGGCGAGCGAGUUCGCCGGGCGCGCGCUCGGGCUGGACGUGCUGGCGCGGUGCGUCGAGGAUCGGGAGGAUAAUACCACACGGUUUUUUGUCCUGCGCGGGACGAGGGAUGGGGAAGAGGAAGUGGAACGGACAGAGGCCGGGGAGGCUGAUGUCUACGGCGGGCGCAGGUACAAGAGCCUCGUGUCGUUCACGGUGCCGCACCGGCGGGCGGGCGCGCUGGCGGACGUGCUGGACUGCUUCCGCGCGCGCGGGCUCAACCUGACGAGCAUCAGCAGCGUGCCCAGCCUGGACGCGCCGUUCCAGUACCUGUUCUUCGUCGAGUUCGAGGGCAGCAAGCUCGACGACCCCGAGGGCAGGGUCGGCGGCGUGCUGGCGGACCUGGGCAGGGUUGCCGAGCGCUGGAGGUGGCUGGGCAGCUGGCGGAACCGGAGGGGAGAAAGGUGA